AUGGAUUUUUUUCCUGCCUUUCUGGUCUCUUUUUUUCGACUGGUUCUCAAUACCUUCUUUCGAUCCAUCAAGGUGCGCGGUAUUCAUAAGAUCCCCACCAAUGGGCCUGUAAUCUUCGCUGUUGCUCCUCAUGCAAAUCAGUUUGUUGAUCCUCUUAUGCUCUCUGUCACUUGCGGUCGCUCCGUUGGGUUUCUUGCUGCAAAGAAAUCAAUGGAUAAAUUUUGGAUUGGUAUGCUUGGUCGAGCCAUGAAGUCAAUUUCUGUUGAAAGAGCACAGGAUGUCAUUUUUUCUGGAAAAGGCACUAUUUAUAUGCCUGAUGAGUCUAAUCCAAGCUUAAUUCAUGGUAUCAACACUCAAUUUAUCAAACAGAUCAAGCCAAGGAGUUCGAUUUGCUUGCCAAAAGAUAUGGGCACUGCAGAAGUAGCACAAGUCAUUUCAGAUACUGAGAUUUUACUGUGCAAGCCCAUGAUUACACCUGGUGCAGUCGCAUGUUUGCGAGUCGUGGAUGAAUCUGGAAACAUGCCAGGCACUGUUUACAAGAUUUCGCCUCAUGUGGACCAGUCACGCAUGUUUUCCGAAGUAACUCGUCGUCUCUCUCAUAAUGGCGCAGUCGGAAUUUUUCCAGAAGGUGGUUCUCAUGAUCGACCAGAAUUGCUGCCUCUUAAGGCUGGUGUGGCUAUUAUGGCCCUUGAUGCGGUUGCAAAACACCCUAAUCUUCCUUUGAAAAUUGUUCCUUGCGGGCUGAGCUACUUUCAUGCUGACAAGUUUCGAUCGCGUGCAGUAAUUGAAUAUGGUGAUCCAAUCGAAAUCCCUUCUGAACUGUUGGAACAAUACAAGAAUGGAGGAACGGAUAAGCGUAAAGCAAUUAGUCUUCUUCUUGAUACAAUUGAAGUCAGCUUAAAGAGUCUUACUUUGCAAUCUCCUGAUUUCGACACUUUAAUGGUUGUUCAAGCCGUGCGCCGUCUAUAUACUCCUGUUGGGAAAAAACUUGACUUGGAUCAAACCCUUGCCAUGUCACGAAACUUUGCAGAGGGAUAUAUCAGGAUGCGAGACAACCCAGAGGUAAAAGCGUUGACGCAGCAGGUUUUGCAGUAUGAUCGCCUUCUCAAGUAUUAUGGAGUACUUGAUCAUCAAGUCAAGAACACCAAUAUCAGUAGCAUGCGGGCGCUGUGUCUUUUUUGCUAUCGCGCAGUAGAAAUGCUCGUCUUUUUUAUCCUUUCUUUGCCAGUUCUGAUUUUAUUUUCUCCCUUGCUUUUUUUGAGUCGGAUGGUCUCUAAAAAAAUGGCUGCCGAGGCACUUGCUGGGUCAAGCGUCAAAAUUUCUGGCAAUGAUGUAGUCACCACAUGGAAACUCCUUACUGCCAUGGUCGUGCUUCCCACUUUAUCCACCGUUUAUGUUAUUAUUUCUUAUAUCUUGGCGCGCGUCUAUUUUACAUCGUCGUACACUGCCAUAGCUAUAGCAGUGCUUACUUCUAUUACUAUUCCUACAUUGGGAUUUGUCACUAUUCGCAUGAGUGAUAUUGGCAUGGAUAUUUUAAAAUCACUUCCUCCACUUAUGGUGUCUUUGACUACACCAAAACACUCCACCAAGCAAUUGCGUGAGGUGCGUGCUGAACUAUCAGCCAAUAUCACCGCACUGGUCUCUGGUCUUGGUCCACAAGUGUUUCCCAAUUUUGAAAAAAAGCGCGUAGUAUCCCAUGACGAAGCGCUGUUGAGUAUAUACGCUGCACAAAAGAUGAGACGUAGCAGUGCUUUGAAUGAUUGUAUCAAAGAAUUGCCGCCCAAUGUACUGGAUAAUGAUAUGCUGUCAUCCGUCAAUCCAACCUGA